AUGCCAGCCACGGGUUACUUGGGUAUCUUGCCUUGUUGUAGAUCUCCUCGUGUUGUGCAUGAGCCUCAAUCCCCGCCGCCGCCACUUCCUGACCCAAAGUAUCUCCAAAUUGACAAUAUCUGUAAGAUCGAGUACGUUGACGUUGAGCCUCAACAAUCCGUCUCAGCAACAGUUGUGUGUGUUCAUGGCGCUCCUGGAAGUUUCCGAGACUAUCGCUAUCUCAUACCAAUGCUUGCGGAACAGCAGCGUGGUAUUCGGCUCAUCGGUGUCAAUCUUCCAGGCUACAUGGGCUCGGAGGUGGAAAAGGCGCAUUAUCUCAAGACAGUCUCAGCUCUACGUGCUGCAGAAGUGGUACUACAGGCGAUUCGUCAGCUUUGUGGUACGAUAGAAAUGGAUGGCGGUGAUAUAGUCCUCGUUGGCCACUCCUUUGGUGCCCACACAGUGAUCAACAUGGCAGCAAUGAACGAGACACUGCGAGUUGCUGGAGAUAACGUCAACACGAUCAGACUUCGAGGAAUUGCAGUUCUGGCACCAGCUGGGUGUGUUCCUCAAAGAAUGGUGAAAGAAAUCCCGAUAAAGAUGCUGGUCACACUACUACGAUCUCGCAGUACCGUGGUUGUUCGGUUAGCAACACGCUUCGUCAAGUAUCUGUACACGGAAUUGCUGGGUUUCCCCAGACGAACUCCAGCGACGUCAUGUGUAUCUGCUGUGAUUCGAGCGGGGACUACAAAGUUCCCACUGAUCCGAACUCAAGUGAAUUUUCUAAAGGAAAUGAAAAUGCCAGUGUUCGUCGCGUGGGCACUUGACGAUGUUCUGGUUGAGCCUGAAAUUCCCGAAGAACUCGGCAAACUCUCACACCCUGGCCCGCGUCUUGAGUUCGCUGGAGGUGGACACAAUAUUCAGAAAACUCGAGUCGAGCAAGUCACAGCUGCAAUGAGCUCGUGGAUUCAGUCAAUCCUGAGUGAAUGCAACUCACUUGAGACUGGUAUGACUCAGCAUUUGCCAUAA